UUCGGAAAGACACCAGAUAAAAAAUGGCAAUAGUAAAAUUUUCAUUGUUGAGUCGAUGCGAGUAAAUGUUCCUUUAAGUCGAAUUUUAAGCUUGGUUUUUGCUAUGAAAUUGUGUGUAUUAAUUAAAUAAUAUUCGCGUCGUUGUUUCAUCUUGUUGCCGUUUUCAUUUAUGUCGUUGUGUAUUUUUGUUUGAUAAAUUAACGAUGUGUAUGCCUAGGGUCUUUUGUGCCCUAAGACCCGGGCUAAGUGGUGAUUUUGUUGUGUGUUACGUUCGGUGUAAUAAAAUGUAUUGAAAUUUAGAAUGCAGAAAAGAGACAAGGAAAGAGAGGAAACUAGGGAAGACACACCUGGAAAAAGAUUAUCUAAAACGGGGAACGCAUCGACCACAAAAACCAGCAUGCACCGACACAGUAUUUCAUCUAACACUGGAAUCUUGAUGGUUGGACCAAAUUUCAGAGUUGGCAAAAAAAUAGGAUGCGGAAAUUUUGGAGAGUUAAGGCUGGGAAAAAACUUGUAUAAUAAUGAACACGUUGCAAUCAAAAUGGAACCAAUCAAGUCAAAGGCACCGCAGUUACAUUUAGAAUAUCGAUUUUAUAAGCUUCUUGGAUCUCAUGAAGGUAUUCCGGAUGUGUACUACUUCGGGCCCUGCGGAAAAUACAACGCUUUGGUAAUGGAGCUGUUGGGCCCCAGUUUAGAAGACUUAUUCGAUUUAUGCGGUAGAAGAUUUUCAUUAAAAACUGUAUUAAUGAUCGCCACACAACUGCUUCAUAGAAUAGAAUACGUGCACGAGCGUCAUUUGAUAUAUCGAGACGUGAAACCAGAAAAUUUUUUAAUAGGCCGCACGACUACGAAAAAAGAUAAAGUUAUACAUAUAAUAGAUUUUGGUCUUGCUAAAGAAUACAUAGACUUAGAAACCAGUAAACAUAUACCGUAUCGGGAGCACAAGAGUUUAACGGGAACUGCUAGAUAUAUGAGUAUAAACACUCACCUAGGAAAAGAGCAAAGUAGAAGAGACGAUUUAGAAGCAUUAGGUCAUAUGUUUAUGUAUUUUUUGCGCGGCUCUUUACCAUGGCAAGGACUUAAGGCUGAUACGUUAAAAGAACGAUACCAAAAAAUAGGCGAUACUAAACGUGCUACACCUAUCGAAGUAUUAUGCGAUGGCCAUCCAGAGGAAAUGGCCACUUAUCUUCGUUAUGUAAGAAGGCUGGACUUUUUCGAGACACCCGAUUACGAGUAUUUACGAAAAUUAUUUCAAGAUUUAUUCGAAAGACGUGGUUUCGUUAACGAUUCGGAGUUCGAUUGGACGGGUAAAACUUUGUCUACUCCUGUUGGUUCCUUAUUAACUGGUCAAGAAACAGUAAUUUCACCGUGUAAAGAACGUCGCAUACCUGCCGCUGCUACAAAGGUGCAUAAUUGGUGUUCUUCAUUCCGAAAUAACCGAGAUAAAGUGGGAAAUGAGCCGCAUGAGCGUCGCCCUGGAACCAGCCUAACCCUAUUAGAUAAUACCAGAUCCCGCGAAAAAUUGAUUUUGGAAUUGGUGGAGGAACAGCGGGUUGUAAGUUCAACUAAUGGUGAAUUAGCUACAGACGAUCCUACCGCUGGUCAUUCUAAUACCCCAAUAGCUGCUCAACCGGAUGUCGAUGUUGUAGAUGAUACUAAAUGUUGCUGUUUUUUUAAAAGAAAAAAAAAGAAAAACAGCCGAACGAAAUGACUAAUGGUUGUACAAAGUAACAAAGAAAAAGAAGCUGUAACUUUGUUACAUACUAUAUCUCAAUCGAAUUCUCGCGACAGCGUUUUAAAUACCGCAUCGUGAACGCUAUCGACCAAAUUAAUUUAUCAAUUUUUUUUGUCUAUUUUAUUUCGUUCGAUUCGAUUUACUACGCGCGUAUAUAAUAUAAAAUAUUUUAUCGUUUUGUUUUUUUUUUAUACCUAUUUUUCUCCAUUUUCAUCUGGUUCGGAGUUCGGAGAGAAUAUACAAAUUUAAUGUUUCAAUUUUACUUAACGCUUCUUCGUUAUAUGAAUAUUUUAAAUUAACGUGUGAACUCGCGCGCGCUUUUCUUUGUAAUACGUCGAUAUGAAUAGGUGUAUUUUAAAAAUUUAAUCUAAACGUUAUGUAAUUUUAUUGCAUUGAGAGAAAGUUCCAUUUACCUAUGUGUACUUUUUACAUUGUAUGUAUUUUUUUUUCCUCGUCGAGACGUCCGUGUUGACUUUAUACAGACAUCGAACGAAUUGUGCAUUAUUAUUAUUUUUUUUGUUCUUUUAUGAUUAUUAUUUAAUUUUUUUUUUUUUUUAAUAUAAAAAUUUCUCGUAUCAAAUUUUAAAUGUGUAUCGUUAAAGAAAAAUUUCCUUUCGCGUCAUUUGUGUUAUAUACCUACGUUUAUUUUUAUUAGUUUUUAUUAAACUGCAUUCAAACCAUUUUUUUUUCUCGCUAAUUACAAUAUUUUGUGAUA